UGGACACUGCCUGGACGAGCAGAGCUGGCCGGCGGACGGCCGCGCGCUGCCCAAAGGCCAGUGGCCGCACACCGGCGUGGCCACGGGUCUGCGCGCCAAAACGCGCCGCCCAUCGCUCGCUGAGGAUCGACCGUAGGCGCUGAACCAUUGGCCCAUGCGCAUCCUCGUCAUCUCCGACUGGUUCAGCCUUGCCCAGCAGCCAACGUCCCGUUGCUUUCGCUUGCUCAUGCGUCCACGGCUGCAUGCUGUGUGUUGCCUGCCUUUUGACGCCCGCAAGGCUAAAAUGAGGCUUUCCAUUCUGACCAAGGCCAGAGGCAUUUAAACGCGCCCGCCGUGCGGGAAGGAUUCUGCUUUGUUUCAAUUCGACCCAGAGACGACCGCUUUUGCGGCUUCUCUUUGGCUGGCCAUUCUUCACCUAGGUACGGCCCAUCUUCGCUCAUCAUGGAGCGUCGUCUGAGCCUUGUCUGUGGCUCUGAAGCUGCUGUCAUGGAUCUUUGAUGUCUUUGUGCUGCGGUAAACCCAUUGAGCAACCGAUCGAGCGCUGUGAUCAAAUCAAACUUUGCCGUUGUUAGACCACUGCUCUAUUUCGUACUCUCCACAUUGGUCUUGUCUGCUACCCCAUCCCGUUUCAUUGGAGACCGUCCUCACUGCGUCUUCACACUGCCCUGCGUGGUCGUUUUUUUUGCUCUCCACUCUACGCCCUCAGCUUAGGAAAACGCCUCUUUGAAUCCUUCAGCGCCAUCUCGUUUCGCACCGUCGUGGUCUCUCCAACAUCGAUCGGAUCUGCCUCAUUUCUCCACUGUGAAAAACAACGUUUGCUUUCUCUAUCGUGGCUCAUGCUGUUCUUCAGGCGAGCGCUAAGUUUGCCGACCCAAUAAAUAUCACGGCUCUGCCCACUACCAUUGUCGGGCAGAUGUCCAGGCUCUCCGCACUGCACUAGUCACUUGGAAUAUUCCAAGGGCCACAUCAGCCCGGGGACGAACACAGCUGGACAGAAUAGCCACGGCACUCACCAGACAUAAUGCCAAAGGACCAGCGGCAGCCGUCGUCCUAUUAUCGGUACGAUGCAUUGCAAAGAUCGGCAGACCAGUCGAUUACUCAUCGUCAAACUUCCAUAUGGACAGCUGAGGAUGAUGAGACACUGAUAGCGGCCCGCGCACAAGGCAUGAACUGGCAGCCGAUCGCAGAUACCCACUUUCCAAACAAGUCUGGAAACGCGUGUCGAAAAAGGCAUGAACGGCUGAUGGAGAAACGAAACACCGAAGACUGGGACGGGGUCAACUUUGAGCGAUUGGCAGUCGCAUAUAUGGCCGCUAGGGAGGAGAUGUGGAGCAUCCUCGCCGCGCGGCUUGGAGAUAAGUGGACCAACAUCGAGGCAAAAUGCAUGGAGAAGGGAAUCAAGAACAUCUCAGCAGCGUUCAAGGCGGCCAAGCGGAAGGAGCGAGGUAUGCGCAUCACUCCCCGCCACGACUACGACCCGGAUUCGGGCUUUGGUGGCUCUGACACGGACGCUGAAUACGAGUUAGACUUGGUUUCUACCAGAGCGUCAGGCAGUUCAACCGUCGACGAGCCAGCUAGAUUCGUUCCCCAAACAACGACGACGACGACGACGACGAGGACGGCGGCGUCGGGCUUGUUGGCGUCUACAAGUCCAUCCCACAUCGCCUCAGCCAGCCCUUCUUUGAUGACUUCAGCAAGUCCCUCGCUUAUGGUGUCCACAAGCCCUUCACUUAACAACUCACAUGGCUCUUCCAUGGGCUCUUCCAUGGGCUCUUCUAUAGUCUCAUCAUUGGGGUCCUCCAUGGGCUCAUCAAUGGGCUCAUCGAUGGGAUCUUCCAUGGGAUCUUCAAUGGGCUCUUCAAUGGGCUCUUCAAUGGGCUCUUCAAUGGGCUCUUCAAUGGGCUCUUCAAUGGGCUCAUCUAUGGGCUCCUCUAUGGGCUCCUCUAUGGGCUCCUCCAUGGGCUCGUCAGUUGGCACCUCCAUGAUUGCUUCCAGUGCACAGUAUAUGCAGAACUAUUCUCAGCAGAGAUAUCACUCCAUACCAAUACAGCAUAUGCCAGAUCAAGGGUUGAUGAUCCGUGGACCACCGAUGCACGCAGAUGCACAUGGGCGCAACAUGAGCAUACAUGCCAUGCUCUCACCUAGCCCUCCGGGUGACGAUGACGAAGAAGGAUGAAGCUUAGACACGAGGAAGAAAAAUUCAGCGAUAAUUUUUUUCCAGAGAAUUAAAAUUUGGGAGGCUAUAGCGAUUGAUAUCGACGUCGAAUAUAUCACACAUUCUUUUUGUCUUCGGUUCUGAUCGACACACUCCUUCGACAGCGGCAUUAUUUGCAAAACUUUAGAAAGAUAUGUGCAUAGGCUACAUGCGCAGGUAUCGGCGGAUCUUGUGGCCUAGGAGCGGCAUUUUGCAACGGAUCAAUGGCUUCCGUAUUUGUACUGCAUUCAGUUCCGUCGAUGAUACCAGCUGCUUUGGAUACGACGAGUUUUACCUUAUUACGAUCAGGUCUAUUUUUCUCAGCUACAUUCACAAUGAUAACAUCUCAACGAUUUUGAACGACAUCACAACUCCGUACGGACAGUUUGUCAUUCUGCAAGUAGCCAUAGUACUUCUGCGUAGUGACCUUGUACAGUGCACUUGAGAAAAGCAACAACGCCACAAGCCAGCGUCACCGUAGCCUACACCAUGCACGAUCCUUCCGCAACAAGCGCCGUGCCUCUCAAUUUCCACAACUCUCAGCCAGUCAGUUACCACGCAGCUAGGACGAAGAGGGAAAAGAG